AUGAAAAGAUGGUUACAGGCUUACGGUUUGGUGCUGGCCAGUUUGGCUCCCCUCACUGCGGCCAUCGCUAACUACACUCCAUUAUCAUCCUCGACGAGCCCAAAAUAUAGUGUCGGCAUCCCCCCAGGCUCCACCAUCUCGCAAUCCACUAAGGGUGGCAUAUACAUUUCCAUCACUGCCCCCACUUCGUAUCAAUGGGUUGGCUUAGGCAUUGGCCGCCAGAUGGCGGGCUCAACAAUGUUUGUGGUAUACGCGGAUGGGGCAGGAAAUGUGACUGUCAGUGGGCGCAAUGGGGGCCAAGGUCACAACGAGCCAGCGCUAGAUACCUCGCUGAUGACGGGGGUGACGGUGCUGGCAGGGAGUGGCGUUGCGAAUGGGGUUAUGACGGCGUUUGUUCAUUGCACAACAUGUACACUUGCCUCCACGGCGAGCUCAACUUCAUCGCCGUGGAUCGCGGCAUGGAAUGAAGGGUCAUCUAUCAACUCCAAAUCCCUAUCGUAUUCAAUCAGCCAGCACGGCGGAAAUGCAUUCCGUCAAUUCUCGUUCGACCUCACAAAGAGCACUCUUUCAUCCGACUCAAAUCCCUUCGUGGCCUCAUCCCCAUCCCCGCCUUCAAAAGUCUCAUCUUCUGGCGCUUCCUUGAAUCCGACUGCCAACCCUUCACCUAAUCCCACGUCAAGUUCCUCAUCAGAUCCUGAUUCCGAUGACCCCGACUCACAGUCGAGUUCUAACGACUUUACCCCAGACUUUAAGACUAUCGAGCAAUAUCUAAAAGCGCAUGGGAUCAUCAUGGGCGUCACUGUUGUCCUUCUCUUCCCUCUCGGCUCUAUAUUCAUGAGAACAGUGCGGCACCCGUGGAUACAUGCAGCGAUCCAAAUAUUCAGUUUAUGUGCGAUGAUUGUCGGCCUUGCACUUGGUGUCAAGCUUGCGCAAUUUACAUCAAUGUUAUUCAACAACUCGCACUCCAUCUUCGGGGUCGUCGUCGUCGCCCUAUUCAUGAUCCAACCUGUACUCGGCCUCAUCCACCACCACCUCUACACUAAAACCCAAUCACGCAGCAUCUUCUCGCAUCUGCAUGUUUGGUAUGGCCGUAUAUUGAUGAUCUUGGCUGUGCUGAAUGGUGGAUUCGGAUUGAGACUCGCUGCUAAUAGUAAGAAGGGCGAGAUUGCCUACGGGGUGGUUGCGGGCUUUAUAGCGCUGCUGUAUGCUUCGGUCGUGCUGCUGAAGCGAAGGGGAGGUGAAGGCGGGGGUAGAAGAAGGUUGGGGGUGUUUGGCAAGCGUGAUAAGGAUGCGGGACAGAGGGAUGCGAGUUCUUGA